AUAUUUGCUGAAGGAACACAUAACUAAAUGAGCUUUACACUCUGGCAGAGAGGAUAAAACUUGUGCAUGCAUAAGUAUACUACUAAGUGGAAAGUCAUAAACGGCCCAAGAGAACUGUCUGUGCUUUUUAAGGAAUAAAUUGGGGGAAGAAGUUGGUUACAUCUGGCUGAGGACAGCAGGCAAGUAUCAUAGAAGAGAUUAUAUCUGAGCGUUCCUGUGAAUAUACAAAGGAUGUCCAGGAGAGGACAAAAAGCAUGGAAGGAACAAUGCGAGCAAAGGCAUGGCGUUGGAAAAACACAAGGCAUGUAAGGGAACAUGCACGUUGCAGAGAGGCCUUUUUGUCCUUGAUGAACACUCGCGGGGUAGGCAGAUGACUGUCCUUCACCCCGAGCUGCUCUAGGUGCCCAGGACGCUGUCCAGCAAGGAAAGGAUGGAUUCCAAAGAUGAAAGCUCACACGUGUGGCCUCCGGCUGCAGAGCACGAGGAGAAUGCCGCACAGGUGCAUUUUGUUCCAGACGCUGGAACUGUGGCCCAGAUUGUCUACACCGAUGACCAGGUCCGUCCACCACAGCAGGUGGUGUACACGGCAGAUGGUGCCUCUUACGCGUCAGUGGAUGGUCCGGAGCACACGCUGGUCUACAUCCAUCCCGUGGAAGCUGCGCAGACGCUGUUUACAGACCCAGGCCAGGUAGCUUAUGUCCAACAGGAUGCUACAGCUCAGCAGGCCUCGUUGCCGGUGCACAACCAGGUGUUGCCUUCCGUUGAGGGCGUGGAUGGCUCGGACCCUUUGGCGACCCUGCAGAACCCCAUGGCCAGGCUGGAGGCCAAGGAGGAGGAGGACGAGGAGGAGGAGGAGGAUUCUGAGGAGGAGGACGAGGAAGACGGCGAAGACACAGACCUGGACGACUGGGAGCCUGACCCCCCUCGGCCCUUCGACCCACACGACUUGUGGUGCGAGGAGUGUAAUAACGCACACUCUUCGGUGUGCCCGAAGCAUGGCCCCCUGCAUCCGAUCCCCAACCGGCCGGUGCUGACUCGGGCGCGGGCCAGCCUCCCCCUGGUGCUGUACAUCGACAGGUUCCUGGGCGGUGUGUUCUCCAAAAGGCGUAUCCCCAAGCGCACCCAGUUCGGCCCUGUGGAGGGGCCGCUGGUCAGGGAGUCGGAGCUGAAGGACUGUUACAUCCACCUCAAGGUUUCUCUGGAUAAAGGUGACAGAAAAGACAGGGAUUUGCAUGAAGACCUGUGGUUUGAGUUGUCUGACGAGACCCUCUGUAACUGGAUGAUGUUUGUACGCCCGGCCCAGAACCACCUGGAGCAGAACCUGGUGGCUUAUCAGUACGGCCACCACGUGUACUACACAACGAUCAAGAACGUGGAACCCAAGCAAGAGCUUAAGGUGUGGUAUGCUGCUUCCUAUGCCGAGUUUGUGAACCGGAAGAUUCAUGACAUUUCCGAGGAAGAAAGGAAAGUUCUUCGAGAGCAAGAGAAGAAUUGGCCCUGCUACGAAUGUAACCGCCGAUUUAUAAGCUCAGAGCAGCUGCAACAGCAUCUCAACUCGCAUGAUGAGAAACUGGAUGUGUUUAGCAGAACAAGAGGCAGAGGAAGGGGGCGAGGCAAGAGGCGGUUUGGCCCGGGUCGACGGCCGGGACGCCCUCCCAAAUUUAUCCGCUUGGAAAUAACCAGUGAAAAUGGGGAAAAGUGUGAUGAUGGGACACAGGACUUGCUGUACUUUCCCACCAAGGAGCAGUUCGAUGAGGCUGAACCUGCAACUCUGAAUGGCCUGGACCAACCGGAGCAGCCCGCGCUCGCAGUCCCUCAGCUGCCACCGGAAGCCCAGUCUUCUCUGGAGCACGAGACGGAAACGCACGAGCUGCACCUGCAGCCCCAGCACGAGGAGAGCGUGCUGCCCGCGCAGAGCACCCUGACGGCCGACGACAUGCGCAGGGCCAAGCGCAUCCGGAAUGCAGCUCUUCAGCAUCUGUUUAUUCGGAAGUCCUUCCGGCCUUUUAAAUGUUUGCAGUGUGGGAAGGCCUUCCGUGAAAAGGACAAACUGGACCAACACUUGCGCUUCCAUGGGCGGGAGGGGAGCUGCCCAUUGACCUGUGACCUCUGUAACAAGGGCUUCAUCAGCAGUGCGUCCUUGGAGAGCCACAUGAAGCUCCACUCGGACCAGAAGACUUACUCUUGCAUUUUUUGCCCAGAAUCCUUUGACCGCCUUGAUUUGUUGAAAGAUCACGUGGCCAUUCAUAUCAGUGAUGGCUACUUCACCUGCCCAACUUGUAAGAAACGGUUCCCAGAUUUUAUCCAGGUGAAAAAACACGUGCGAAGCUUCCACUCGGAAAAGAUCUACCAGUGUACGGAGUGCGACAAGGCCUUCUGCCGCCCUGACAAGCUGCGGCUGCAUAUGCUCCGGCACUCAGACCGUAAGGACUUCCUGUGUUCUACGUGUGGGAAGCAGUUUAAGCGAAAAGACAAACUACGGGAACACAUGCAGAGGAUGCACAACCCUGAAAGGGAGGCCAGGAAAGCCGACCGCAUCAGCCGCUCCAAGACGUUCAAGCCGCGCAUCACGUCCACCGACUACGACAGCUUCACGUUCAAGUGCCGCCUGUGCAUGAUGGGCUUCCGGAGACGAGGCAUGCUGGUAAAUCACUUAUCAAAGAGGCACCCAGACAUGAAGAUAGAAGAGGUGCCAGAGUUAACUCUACCCAUCAUAAAGCCCAACCGUGACUACUUUUGUCAGUAUUGUGAUAAGGUUUAUAAAAGUGCCAGCAAGCGAAAAGCCCAUAUUCUGAAGAACCAUCCUGGGGCUGAGCUCCCACCAAGCAUUCGGAAACUUCGUCCUGCUGGCCCUGGAGAACCAGACCCCAUGCUGAGCACCCACACCCAGCUCACAGGCACUAUAGCUACCCCGCCCGUGUGCUGCCCUCACUGCUCCAAACAGUACAGCAGCAAGACCAAGAUGGUACAACACAUUCGAAAGAAGCAUCCAGAGUACGCCCAGCUCCCCAACACCAUACACGCACCUCUGACAACAGCCGUGAUCAGCGCGGCUCCAGCUGUUUUAACUACAGACAGUGCUACCGGAGAGACUGUGGUGACAACAGACUUGCUAACCCAGGCUAUGACGGAACUGUCCCAGACCUUAACGACGGAUUACCGAACGCCGCAAGGGGACUACCAGAGAAUCCAGUACAUUCCUGUGUCGCAGUCUACAUCUGGUCUACAGCAGCCUCAGCACAUACAGCUUCAAGUGGUGCAGGUGGCCCCGGCCACUUCCCCUCACCAGUCCCAGCAGUCCACGGUGGACGUCGCCCAGCUCCACGACCCUCAGACCUACACGCAGCAUGCCAUCCAGGUGCAACACAUCCAGGUCACGGAGCCCCCCACCCCGGCCGCGCCUGCCUCCCAGGUGGCAGGGCAGCCGCUGAGCCCCUCCCCGCAGCAGUCUCAGCAGGGGCUCAGCCCCUCCCAGGUUGCAGGCAGCUCCUCGCAGGGCCAGGCCCUCCAGCAGCAGCCCCAGAGCACCACGGUCCAGCACACGUACCUCCCCAAUGCCUGGAAUUCCUUCCGCGGCUACUCAUCGGAGAUUCAGAUGAUGACGCUCCCCCCGGGUCAGUUUGUGAUUACAGACAGUGGCGUGGCAACUCCGGUCACCACUGGCCAAGUGAAGGCGGUGACUCCAGGUCAUUAUGUGCUAUCAGAAAGUCAAUCAGAAUUGGAGGAAAAGCAAGCUUCUGCUCUCACUGGUGGAGUCCAGGUUCAGCCAACUGCGCAUGGUGACUUGGACCCCCAGACCACCAGCCAACAGCCCACCCAGUACAUCAUUACAACCACCACCAACGGGAAUGGGAGCAGCGAAGUGCACAUCACUAAACCUUAACUUCCAUCCUUGAGCCGGAAUCAAACAGUCACAUCAUGUCUUUUCUUACUCAUACGUCUGGAACGUCUGGAAGCUUCUGACACUUAGAAAUCUUUUUUAAGAUUUAUCACUCAAGAGUUUGGAAAUCACAGUUUUGACGCUUACACAUACACUGGGGCUUAUUUUAUCAAGGUCAUCUUUACCAAAUGGACUCUUCAAACCCUAGGAGUUUCUGCCACGGAAUGGAGAUCUUUCAGGGGAAAGUAGAUUUCAAGACAGAGAAACCUUGCCUUGCUCUUGAGUUGGUUUUUUAACACAUAGAUAAGCCUUACUUUUCCUUUGUGGAAAUAUUAAGCAGUGUAUUGUGUUUGUACCAAAGGUGGAUAAAGGAUGUGUCAAGUCCAUGGCCACUGGACUUGUUGAUUCCAAGCCAUGGCACCAAAGGCGAAGGGGCAUUUUAUGGGCGUGUAUUAGGUCGGAACUGCUUCAUCUUGUGAGUUUGCAUUCUCAGUAACUUAACAAAGGGAGCCCAUUGAAUGUGAAAAUGAAAAUGAGGAAGCAAAGGUUUCAUCAGUGAUGGUCUGAAGGAAAAACUGUUACCUAAAUUUUUCUUAUUGCUGAUUUUUAAAAAACUUGCCUUUUUUGGAAAACCGUUGUUGGGCUAUUGGUAGUGCUUUCCACAGACCCUGGCCCUCAGUGGACUAGGCCAGAACCUCAUGUUCUGAUAGAUCUUACUUUAUUACUCCACAACUGUGGACUCCCUGUACAAGAAAAGGAUGCUUGGUGUCAACAGAAUUUAGACUCCCAGGUUACAGGUUGGCCUCCCAUUCUCUGGUUGUACUUGUAUGAAGAAGGAGAUAUUGGAGAUGACAGUACCAAGAAAAAUUGAUACUAAAACAACUAUAUAGAGCGUAAAAAGCACUGAGACCUUGUCCUGCCUUUCAGGAUCCAUUUACCACUCAUUGGUAAAGGGUGAAUCCUUGCUCGUACUAGGUGUACCUGCAACCCUCGCUCACAGCAUGCAGUGUAUUUUAGUACUUCUAAUGCUGUCUUAAAAUGAACAUUCUUUCAGGUUGGAUGGAAAGGUGGUCCUCCUUAUUUCUUAACACUUUCAACUUUAAAUAUAUUGCAAUUCAUCUGGACCUUUUGGUAAGAUGACCAACUUCAUACCUAGGGGAAAAAUAAAAAUGUGGGGACCAUUUAUAAUAUGUUAGAGUAAUUAUAAGGGAUCUGGAAGGAAUCCAAUCUUAAUAUUACAUUGUCAGUUGGGAGAGGGAGAAAAACUGCCUCAGUGAUAGUUUUUCUUAUCAUUGUUCCUGUUUGGGAGUCUUAUUAGCUAUGAAUUCAAUGGGGAAAAUAUUUCCCUUCUUUUUACUGUA